AUGGUUCCCGUGAAAAAACACUUAGGAUACCUCAUUUCCUAUGAAAAAUAUGUGAAGGAUAUGGAUACCAAAAUGAGGGAGUUGAACGCUACAAGACGUGCCGAGGAAGACCACUUGAACACAAACACAAGAUUUCGUCGUGAGACUUCAUUGCAAGUCAAGGGUUGGUUGGAAGAAGUAGAAAAGAUCGAGGAGAAAGUAAAAUGCAUCCAUAGAAAUGUGUACAAUUGUUGCAGUCUAAAGAUUAGGCAUACAAUUGGACAGAUGGCCUUCGAGAUAAUUGAGGAGAUUGACAGUGUCACAAGACAACACUCCCAGGUUACAUGA